AUGUGUCUGAUCCUCUUGCUUCUUGUAGCCAACCUGAUAAGGAGGCAAGCUCUUGGACGUGAGGAGGGAACAAAUGGGAUAGAGUGUGCUCGUGGUAGUAAUGUUGAGUGUAAUGUUACUGAUAAGGAAAUAGUAGAGGAAGCUAAGGAAAUGGAGGAUAAGAUAGGUGGUGUUGCUGAUGAUAGAAAUGAAAGUGAGGAAGAAAACCUAGAGGUAGAGACUUUGGUGGAGCAUAUUGAACUUCGUGAUUCAUCCCCUGGAAGAAAGAAAGAGUUGAGAGCCGCAUCAGAAAUUGAAAAAUCACUUGUGAAACAGUUUGCUAUCAGAUCUAAGAGGAAGAAGAUAGAUUUGCUACCUUCUGUUGACAAUGCUGAGUAUGCCUUCUUUAAGGAAACACUAACAGCUUGCCCCUUAUUGUGA